AUGCCUCGCGGACCUCAAGGCCAGUCUGUGGAUGAGCAAUAUGUUUGUCGUACUGAUUCUUCCAAAAGGACCACGGGUUCCUCCUGCGUGGCGGCCUCAGAUCUGGCCAAUAGAGUUUCAGCUUCGCCACGAAUGCGGGACCCCCUUUUUGCANAUCCCAUAGUUGAGCUGGUUACCGGAUUUUGUGGGAUCCCGUCGUUCAUCUUCAUUCCAAAUACUGCCUUAUUUUGUAGAACCAUAUCAAGUGCAGCCAAUGGGUAUCCAGGGGAUAUGAGAGUGGCGGACUUUAGGAAGGAGGUGCAAAAAGGGGGUCCCGCAUUCGUGGCGAAGCUGAAACUCUAUUGGCCAGAUCUGAUGCCGCCACGCAGGAGGAACCCGUGGUCCUUUUGGAAGAAUCAGUACGACAAACAUAUUGCUCAUCCACAGACUGGCCUUGAGGUCCUUGAUUUUUUCAGACUGGCCGUCCGCAUGUUCGAACAACUUGAAACUCCAUAUCUCGCCAUACCGCGAGGCAUCUCGUUAGAUGUGUCUGAUUUUCUUAACGGUUACUUGAACCCGGCUGGACACCCGCCUGGACUUUAUCGAAAGGUUUUUGUGCCCGUUGGUGAUUUCUCAUGUGCGGGGGUGCAUGAAAAAACUUGGGUCUCCGUACCUCAAGAAAAUGACACUUUGGGAAGAUUCGAAUGCACCGCAAGCACCGGUGGUUUACCUCUUUGA